CAUCGUCAACAUCCGGUUUCAGGAUGGUUGCUGUUGGUUACAGCUUCACAUCAGAGUUUGGCUCAUUUACCUUUGAUUGGCCAAAGUCAAGGUGAAGAGGAGAAUUUACAAUCAGAAACCUAUGCGUUUCUGGUUUCAUUAUGCAUGAAAUCCAUGAUAGACAUAGAGGCGUCGUUGUAGAGGAGCAGCUUCCCUUCCCAGAGGUAGUGCCUGUGUGCUUCGGACUAAAGCAGACGAGUAGACCCCGCAAAUGGUUCCUCAAAAUAGUCUCUGGCCCAUGGUUGGAUUAUUUGUCCAUACUGGUGGUCCUGCUCAGCUGCGUGAAUGACGGCAUGUACCAGCCUUGUGUAGAGGCGAAAGAGGAGAGCUUCACCCGAGAGAUUUUGGGUUCUCUCGUCUUUCUUUACUUCAUCAUGGAAACGCUCAUUAAGACAAUAGCCCUGGGAUUCAUCGGCCAUAAAGGAAGCUACCUGAGCAGCCACUGGAACAAGUUUGACCUUUUCAUCAUCUUUGCAGAGCUAAUGGAUUAUACGUUUGGAUUCUUUAAUCUCCACGUAGAAGCGUCUCAUGCCAUCAAGCCAAUGAGACUAAUCAGCCGAGUACCAAGUAUGCGGAUAUUGGUGACAAUACUCCUUGAAACGGCCCCCAUGCUUGGUAAUGUUCUCAUCCUCUACGCGUUUGUCAUCCACAUCUUCGGAGUCAUUGGAGUUCAGAUGUGGGCGGGGAAGUUGCGCAACCGCUGCUUCCUGGGAGAGGACAUCCUGACAAAGUAUAACGUGUCCCUGAGUCCAUACUUUGUGCCCAUCUUUGGUGGACAAUCCUCGUUCAUCUGUUCAGCUGACGACAAGGGUGGAGGACGCUUUUGCAGUGAUGUGCCGCCUUACCAGGAGGAUGGGAAAAUCUGCACACUGGCAGCAGAUGAGCCCAUCCAAGCCGGCCAAUGUGUAAACUGGAACAUGUACUACAAUGUAUGCCGUGCUGGGGACCACAACCCUGACUUGGGAGCUAUUAACUUUGAUAACAUCGUCUAUGCCUGGAUAACCAUUUUCCAGGUUGUGACACUUGAAGGAUGGACCAAUAUCAUGUAUUAUGUUAUGGACUCUUAUUCCUUCUGGAGUUUUGUGUUUUUCAUAUUUGUCACUAUUAUGGGCUCCUUUAUCAUAAUGAAUGUGUGUGCAGUCAUCAUUGCAACCCAGUUCUCAGAGAACUUCGCAAGAGUCACAACAGAGCAGCAUGCUGGUCCUCUGUCUUUUAAAAAUCUCUUCAGGAAGUUCGUUUCCUUCCUGAAGAUGAUGACCAACAGGGUGCAUCCCACCAAGAGCUCAACACAUGUCAAACCCACACUGCAUCAGGUCUGGAUCCCUUUUAAAGAAAAGUUUAACAUUCUUAUCAACACUAAACUCUUUAACCGAAUCAUCGUUAUUGCUAUUUUCAUCACUAUUGUCACCAUGGCGAUAGAGCACUACAACCAGCCUCAGGAGUUGACACGAGUAUUAAAUGUCAGUAACAUAAUUAUUACCAUUAUAUUUGUGGUGGAGAUGAUAAUAAAGCUGAUCGCCCUCUCGUGGAUGUACUUUGCGGACCUUGACAACAUCUUCGACUUUGUGGUCGUUCUCAUCAGUUUAUGGGAAUUAGGCUCCCAAGCUGAUGGCAAGCUGUCAGUUGUGCGAGCAUUUCGCGUGCUGCGCUUCGUGAGGCUGUUUCACUUCCUCCCGUACCUGAAGAGGCAACUACUGGUCCUGAAGAGGACGAUUGGAGAGGCAUCCACUCUGUGCUGGCUAAUGCUGUUCGUCAUUUUCAUUUUUAGUAUUGUGGGCAUGCACCUCUUUGGAUGCAAAUUUCACUUCAGGUCAAUAGAUGAUGAAACCGUUGAUGAUCGAAAAAACUUUGACAGCCUGCUGUGGUCCAUGGUCACUGUGUUCCAGAUUCUGACUCAAGACGACUGGAACGUGGUGCUUUAUAAUGCCGUGGCUGCCACCUCCCCGUGGGCAGCUAUCUACUUUAUUGCCAUCAUUGUGUUUGGAAAAAAUGUUCUUCUUAAUGUACUGGUGGGCAUAGUGGUUGACAGCUUCCAGGCCAGGCCCAGUGAAAACAUUCAUCAAGACUGCCCUCGCUGUCCCAGCUUGACAUGUGAGGCAGAAAGCUCCCUUGAGGAGAGCCCCAGAACAAUCACAGGAGAAUAUUCUGUUCCUGCCACUGAGCCCAGCAGAUCCAAUGGGAGUACCUCAGCCUCUGAGAUUCCCUCCCCACAGACAAAAAACAACAGUUUCACUAGAUUUUUGAAUAGGAUUCAGAAAGUGCUGCUGUGGUGCCAACAGCAUAAAGACUGGUCAUUGUACAUGCUCUCUCCACAGAACAGGUUGCGUAGAUUUUGCCAGCGUUUGAUCUCUCACAAGGCGUUUGACCAUGUGAUUCUCUUCUUCAUUCUGCUGAACUGUGUCACCAUUGCUAUGGAGAGGCCUAGCAUAAACCCAAAAAGCAUGGAACGCUUGAUCCUGAAUGCAUCCUGUUGUGUUUUUACUGCCGUCUUCCUGAUCGAGAUGGUUAUUAAGGUUAUAGCUCUUGGCUUGGUGAUCGGGAAGGGCAGCUACUGCCGGUCAUACUGGAAUCUCAUGGACGGCUUUUUGGUGAUUCUGUCCUUAACCAACUUUAUUAUCACUUUGGUCACUUCUGACAAAAAGAACAUUCUCAGCAUCCUCAAAGUUUUUCGGCUGCUAAGAACACUUCGCACGCUGAGGAUGAUCAAGCAAACCCCAAAACUGAAGCUGGCUGUCAAAGCUCUUGUUGCCUCUGCUAAACCAAUUGGGAACAUUGUCCUGAUUUGCUGUGUCCUCUUCUUUUUCUUUGGGAUCCUUGGGGUUCAGCUGUUCAAAGGAAAGUUCUUCUACUGUGAGGGUGAAAACACUUCAAACAUCACCAAUAAGGCCGAAUGUCUCUCUGCUAAUUAUACGUGGGUUCGGAAGGAGUACAACUUUGACAACCUGCCUCAGGCUCUGAUAGCCUUGUUUGUGAUGUACUCUAAGGACGGCUGGAUGAACAUCAUGUAUGAUGGACUGGAUGCUGUGGGAGUAGAUCAACAGCCUGUGAAGAACUAUAACGAAUGGAUGCUCAUUUAUUUCAUCUCCUUCAUGGUAAUGAGCUUUUUCCUCCUCGACAUGUUUAUCGGCGUCAUGGUGGAGACCUUCCAUGUGUGCCAGCAGCAGCAAAAACAGUCGCUGCAGAGAGGAGGAAACUCACGGGAUAAACGUAAAGGCAGAGAGGAGAAUUAUUUCAGGCACUACUCCCUCGUGCGUCGCCGUAUCUAUGACCUGACUACCAGCAGAUUCCUCGAGUUAUUCAUGACGGUCAUCAUCUUCAUUAAUGUCGUGUUAAUGGCUUUGGAACACUAUAAUCAGCCUUUGUAUGUAGAGCAGAUGAUAGAGUACUCCUUCUAUGUGUUCACUGUCCUCCUGGUCCUGGAAAUCAUGCUAAAGGUUGUGGCAUUUGGCGUACUGAGGUUCAUAAAAAACAGUUGGAAUGUGCUGGACAUCGCUAUAGUCUUGGUUUCCUUCAUCUUUAUCGUUUUCACCGUGAUGAAUAUGGAAGACACUCUUCCCAUUAAUCCCAGCAUCCUAAAAAUCACUAGAGUGCUCAGACUAGCACAAGUGCUGAAGGCCAAGAAGAUCAGAGUUCUGCUGAGAACCAUUACUAAGACACUGUCACAGGUUGGAAACCUCUGUCUGCUCUUUAUGUUCUUCUUUUUCAUCUACGCUGCACUGGGAGUGGAGCUGUUUGGCAACCUCGAAUGCACCCUGGACUAUCCGUGUGAAGGCAUAAAUCAGUACGCUAACUUUAAGAACUUCGGGAUGGCGCUGCUCACACUGUACAAAGUGUGCACAGGGGACAACUGGAGUGGCAUUUUGAAGGACACAUUGCGCCCAUGCCGUCCCAGUGAUAAAGCCUGUCCCAGCUACCUGUGGUGGGCCUCGCCAAUCUGCUUCGCCACCUUUGUGGUCAUGGUUCACUUUGUUCUGGCAAACCUGGUCGUGGCAGCCGUCAUGCAAGCGUUGGAGGACAGCAAAGAGGUAGUGUUGCUACAUGUUAACAGACUUAGAGAGCCCACGAACAUGCAGUAUCUCACAGUGGGAAAAGAUGGCAUGUGUCCUGAAACAGAUCAGUGUAAUAAGCUGAGACAAGGGUGAGCUCAUUAAGGUUUUCUUUGGACUGGGCUGCUGACUUGUAAACAUUCUGGUACAUGGAGGCAGUGAAAUGCUCUGUUUUACCUAGUAUAGAACACAAGUUUGGGUGGAAGUGAUAUACCACCAGCUGCUCCACCACUGGGGACUCAGUAGAACCCAAAACCUCCAGUGGUAGCUUUCAGUCCAAAAUGAACCUCGAUGAGAACUAUGUGGUGUAAAGAUUAUUCCCAGUAACACCCCAACUCCUUCAUAUAAGCUGGAACAGUGGGCAUAAGCUGCUCAGCAGGUUCUUGAUAAGAGGAUAUCAUUUUCCUGUUAUACAGAUCCUUUUCCUGUGCCAUCAUCCUUUGCUGUGAACCAGUUAAUAGAGGCUUUUAUUGAUUUCUUUGAACUGUUUAUUGAUAUAGAGCACAAUGAUUCUAAAGCAAAGACCUUUAAUGCCUUGAAAAACAAGACUUUGUUCCAUGGGUUUGCAAUUAUUUUACACCCUAAGUCACACCUUAAAUAGACUAGCCAUCAAUAAGCUUGUGCUAAAAUUAUUGCUGGAUAUUUGCUGAAUGUAAUUCUUGGCAGAAUUGAUAGAAUGAAUUUAAACUGUUUGGUUUGUUGGCACAGACCCAGAUUUCAAGCAUUUAUCACAAAUUUUCAACAUGGUUGGGGCCGGAGGCUUUGGGAAGGCCAUCCUAGAAGCUUAAUGGGACAUUUCUAAGCAGAGUCAUCCAGAGUCAUCAGUUUACAACUAUGCAAACGUACAAUUUAAUAUAAUUAUUUGGAUAUGUCACCAUUUUGGCAACUGUCACCCUCAGACGAGGGAAAAUUGGUUAGUGGCUAGUCAUUACAGGAAGUGGAUUUUAUAUGGCAAGCCAUCUAGGCCAUAAACUUUUACAAAUCAUUUAAGAAACGAUGUAAAAAUCAACAUUUAUUAAGUCAGGACACUGUAAAAGUUGGUGAAAACUCGACGCAAGUAAGUGGAGUUUUGAACCCUUCCUUCCGAGUCAUUGAAUGCUGCUUUGUACAUCACACAGCUGCUCAACGUUUAUUAGCACUGGAAAAAGCACACUUAAGUUAAACUAUAAUCACCUGGUCAAAGAAGUGCAGACUACACCAAUUCAUCAUGGAGUUUUUAUUUAAGUGGAUGAGAAAACCAUGGGUAGGGCCCUGCAUAAUUUAAGAAAACGCUGUCACAGCUGUCACUGAGCGCUGGAAAAAGCAUGCUCAGUGCUCCAAAAACGCCAUUUUUCCCACCACUCAGAAGGAGGCGUUCAAAAAGCCACUCGCUGGCAUAAAAUAUGGUGUUCUGGUGAGGUGUUCCCUGACUUACAGCAUCCUGACUUAUUAAACUUUUUAAAUAAUUUCUUAACCAGAUGGGUUGUAAAAGUGUUGGUUUAUGGCCUUUUGAAACCUGAAAACACUGACAGCUGUUAAGCAUGGUGGUGGUACCAUCAUGCUCUGGUGCUAUAUUACUACCAGAUGUAGGUGGAAUAAUGAAAAAGGGUGACUACCUUUAAAGUCUUCAACUUCACCUCAAGUCAACUGCCAGACAACUGAAUUUUGGACACAGGUGUUUAACAGGAUGAUGAUCGUAAACAGAAACUAAGUUUGAAAUAGAUAAGAUUAAGCUUCUAGAAUGGCCUCAACCCAAUAGAAGACUUUUAGGAUGAAUUAGAGCGGAGACUGCGAGCCAGGCCAUCACAAACAAAGAUUCCCAUGAACACACUUGUAAACCUGGUGGAAAGCAUUCACAGAAGAGAAGAAGCUGUUGUAGCUGCAAAUGGCAAUAUAAUGUACGAACGUCUCAGAGCAUAGCCUCUAUUUUUUCCUGUAAUUAGAUCAAAUAUAAUAAAUCAUUACAACACAAGAAUCUCUGAUGUUAAUUAUAUAGUUCAUUUUAAAAAGGUAUUUAGUGGUGAACGUGUAUAGUAUCCUAUAAUAUCUGAAAAAAUGCUAAUAAAAUACCUUGAAAACUGUUUUGUUGACCAUGGAUUAUCCAGUGUUAAUUCUGCCACAUAAUAAUCUAAACAAAUCUUGGAUUUCUCACGCUUAAAAUGAAAUAAAAUCU